AUGUCUAAAACCAGUCUUGGUAAUAAACUUUCAAUUCAAGACAUUGAUAUUAAAAAUAAACAUGCCAAAGCUGUAAUUCUUAUGUCUCACCUUGGUCGACCGGAUGGAAAACCAAAUCCUAAAUAUUCUCUUGAACCUGUUUCCGUUGAACUUGGUAAAUUACUUAAUAAAGAUGUAUUAUUUUUGAAAGAUUGUGUCGGACAUGAUGUUGAAGAAGCCGUUUCAAAAGCCGAGGGUGGUCAAGUUAUCCUUUUGGAAAAUUUACGUUUUCACAUUGAAGAAGAAGGUUCCGGCAAAGAUGAAGGAGGAAAUAAGAUCAAAGCAUCAGCCGAAAGUAUUGAAAAAUUCCGUGAAUCACUUUCAAAACUUGGAGAUGUUUAUGUUAACGACGCAUUUGGUACUGCACAUCGACCACAUAGUUCUAUGGUUGGAGUAAAUCUUCCUAUUCGUGCUUCUGGAUUUUUAUUAAAGAAAGAAUUAGAUUACUUUAGCAAAGCAUUGGAAAAUCCGGAUAGACCUUUUUUGGCUAUUCUUGGAGGUGCUAAAGUUUCAGAUAAAAUUAAGUUAAUUGAUAAUCUUUUAGAAAAGGUUGAUUCUAUGAUUAUUACUGGUGCGAUGGCAUUUACAUUUAAAAAGACACUUGAAAACGUUAAAAUUGGAAAUUCACUUUUUGAUGAAGAAGGAUCAAAAACUGUAAAAAGAUUGGUUGAAAAAUCAAAAGAGAGAAAUGUUAAAUUGGUUUUUCCUGUUGAUUACGUGACUGCUGAUAAAUUUGACAAGGAUGCUAAUACUGGAUAUGCUACGGAUGAAACUGGUAUUCCUGACGGUUGGUUAGGUUUAGAUUCUGGUGAAAAAUCAAAUGCUAUUUUUAAAGAAACAAUCCUUGAAUCAAAAACAAUUUUAUGGAAUGGUCCAACAGGAGUUUUCGAAUUUGAUAAAUUUGCCGUAGGAACAAAAUCAGCAUUAGAUGCAAUUGUUGAAGCAUCUAAAAAAAAUAACGCAAUUGCAAUUGUUGGAGGAGGAGAUACAGCUACAGCAGUUGCUAAAUGGAAUCAAGAAGAUGAAUUUGCUCAUGUUUCUACCGGUGGUGGAAAGGAAUUACCAGGAGUAUCAGCACUUUCUGAAAAAAAUUAA